AUGAAGCUCACCACUGCUCUCAUCCCCCUCCUCCCAGCACUCGUCGAGUCCGCUGCUGUCCACCGCCGCCAAAACGGCGAUGGACCCCAAGGUGGUGCCGAUGCUACACAGGGAGACUUGACGGGUCGCCCGCCGCCGCGCUUCCCCUUCCCUCAGAUUCAGUUCCCAGUUCCUAAAGAGACAGUCGUGUUCAACCAGACCAGAUAUGUCAUGCCGGGGGAGGUCUUCGAUGGAGAAAUGAAGCGCUACGAGCGUCCUGAGGGAAGCUGCAACGAGCAGGCUGAAGGCACCGACGCUGAUGCUGUGUUCAACUUAUUACCUGGCGCAACCAUAAAAAACGUCAUCAUCGGAAAGCACCAGUCGGAGGGCAUCCAUGCUCUGGGUGACGCGUGGGUUGAGAAUGUCUGGUGGGAGGACGUGUGUGAAGAUGCUUUGACUUCCAAGGGCCUGAAUACUCAACUUCGCGUUAUUGGCGGAGGAGCUCGCAACGCCACGGACAAGAUUUUCCAGGAUAACUCGCUGGGUGGCAAGUUCAACAUUACUGGUUUCUUUGCGGAUACCUUCGGUACCUUCUACCAGUCCUGCGGAAACUGCUUGAACCAGGCGAAGCGCAACGUUACCAUCCAAAACGUCAUCGCCAUCAACGGUACCAGGAUGGGUAUAAUCAGUCCCAACUACGGUGACGAAUACCGUCUGAAAGACUCCCAGGUCAAGGAUCUUACGCGUAUGGUCGACAAGGAGAUUGGCAACAACGUCCAGACUGUUCCGUACACCGUGGGCACUGGUCCUGAUGAGAAAUAUGCGUUGUACAAUUUGACGCGGGAUGCCAUUACCGAGUUCAAUGGCACAAUUGCGAACCAGUACACCCCAGAAAACCCUUACCCAUGGCUCGCAGAGUUCUGGCCCGAGAAGUAG